ACUAGUCUCAGAUUUAAGUCUAGCGCUAGACCUGGCUCCCCUAGACCCUCGGCACUCAGCUCUCAAUAAAAUUCUUUCCAAGAAUGAUGUCAACAGAAAGCGCCAACAGUUUCACGCUGAUCGGAGAGGCGUCAGAUGGCGGCACGAUGGAAAACCUCAGCCGGAGACUGAAGGUCACCGGCGACCUCUUUGACAUUAUGUCUGGGCAGACCGACGUGGACCACCCUCUGUGCGAGGAAUGCACGGACACGCUGCUGGACCAACUAGACACGCAGCUCAACAUCACGGAGAACGAGUGUCAGAACUACAAGAGGUGUCUGGAGAUCCUGGAGCAAAUGAACGAGGAUGAUAAGGAGAAACUGCAGACAGAACUGAAAGAACUUGCGCUGGAGGAAGAGCAACUGAUUCAGGAGCUAGAGGACGUCGAGAAGAACCGCAAGAUUGUGGCUGAAGACUUCGAGAGAGUCAGGGCAGAGGCAGAGCGGCUGGAGCAGGAAGAAGCUCAGUACCAGAAAGAAUACUGUGAAUUCAAGAGGCAACAGCUGGAGCUAGAUGAUGAGCUGGAAAGUGUGGACAACCAAAUGCGCUACGCCCAAACGCAGUUGGAUGAUUUAAAGAAAAUCAAUGUGUUCAAUGCAACCUUUCACAUCUGGCACAGCGGUCAGUUUGGCACAAUAAAUAACUUCAGACUUGGCCGUCUCCCCAGUGUUCCCGUGGAAUGGAAUGAGAUCAACGCUGCCUGGGGGCAGACUGUGCUGCUGCUACACGCCCUUGCUAACAAAAUGGGCCUGAAGUUUCAAAGAUACCGUCUCGUACCGUACGGCAACCACUCGUACUUGGAGUCCCUCACGGACAAAUCGAAGGAGCUCCCCUUGUACUGCUCUGGAGGCCUAAGGUUCUUCUGGGACAACAAGUUUGAUCAUGCAAUGGUGGCUUUCCUGGACUGCGUGCAGCAGUUUAAAGAGGAAGUGGAAAAAGGCGAAACUCGGUUUUGUUUGCCUUACAGGAUGGACGUGGAGAAAGGGAAGAUUGAAGACACAGGUGGCAACGGUGGCUCUUACUCUAUUAAGACACAAUUUAACUCUGAGGAGCAAUGGACAAAAGCACUAAAGUUCAUGUUAACUAACCUGAAGUGGGGUCUUGCCUGGGUCUCAUCCCAAUUCUACAACAAGUGACCGCAUAAAGAACUCGUCCUGGCAGCUGCGAGUGUCUGCGUUUCGUUGGAGGAAGUCAAAUUAAGAUGUCUCUUAAUAUUAACCAGUACAAAAUGUUUACAAUACCAAAAAUCCACAAGACACUUUAUUUAAAAUACCAUUAUUACAAGUAGUAUGUAGAAAAGCAAUAUGUAAAGUUAUAUCACUGAGCUGAACAGAAUAAAAACCCAGCUAUUAAAUAGAUGCUAAACUGGUACUUUUGGGGCGCAUAGGUGUGUGCAUAAAUUCCCGUCGAACUUCAAAACACCAGUGAGUUUGUCGAUACUGUUGCAGGUUAACACACAGGUUAGAAAAGCAAAAUGUUACAAACAGAGGGAAUAAGGUGGAAGAACUCGCAGAAUCUCUGCUUGGUCAUUAAACAGUAACUAUGGUUUGAAAUAAAGUAUUUUCUAAGUC